AUGCAGCUCCCCCCAACAUGGCCCACAGCAUCAUCGUCCGACAUUCCCUCCCUACCAACCUCUCCCUCAGAGCAAGAGUCAGACGGCGUCGCUCAGUCAGGCCGAAGACGCAUCGGCACUGUGCCGGCGUUGUCGGCUCCAAGACUGCACCACAGCAGCGAGUCGCCUCGGUACGGCAAAAGCAAGAGACUCCUGACCAACGCCUCUGCUCCUCUCUCCCCGACGGAGCCGUCUUCACAGACAGACGGGCCUUCUCCGCCAAUAUGUUCUCCGCCUCCUCCCGUCCCUCUAUGCGACGUGUCAGACCACCGGGACGGCAGGUCAUCGUGCAGCAGCGACCAAGACGCAGCCCCCACCGUCCGCAACACACAGAGCGACCACCGUGAGGACGGCCGAGUGAAGGCAGAGGCCCCCUCCAAGCGGAUCCAACAGAAGUCCGGAUUGCUGACUGUCCCUCCGUGGCGCUCCUACCUUCGCUCCAGCAACAAAAUCGCGUUGGGCGGGCGGCUGUCUCGGUCGGCACCAACGACGGAUAGGCCAGCCCGGCCGGGUGAUGUGUCUGGGGAAGAUGGGGCUGCCAGUACGAGCGCUGCCAGUGCGGGUGGUGUUCGGUUCAACGACGAGGUGGAGCAUCCCGAGCGAUUUCUCUGCAAUCCUUACAUUCGCGUUCUAGUGGUGCUGUGUGCUUGUUGACUUUGUGGCGGCAGGUGGAGGUCGCGUUGUUCCGCGGCCUGAAGGACACGAAGCUUCAGCACGUGGAGGUCGUUGACAACGAUGGGACGGCAGCGGUAUAUUAUGAAGAAGUCGUGAGGUCAGCGGCAGCAGACAAUCAAUCAACCCAGAUGUCUGAUGCGCUCUUUGGCGCCCCCGGUUCCGUUUUCGGUCUCUCUCUCUCUCCCUGUCUGUCUGUCUGUGUGUCUCUGUGUGUGUGACAGCUGGAAGGAGAUCGUAUCGGGCGACGACAUGCAGCUGAACCUGUGUCUGCCCGACAUCAAGAUCAGCAACAUGCGGACGCAACGAAAAGAGAAGAGACAGAAGCGCCGGCAGCAGAAGGACCGGCAGCUGCGGGACUCUUCGUCGGCCGAGGAUGCAUCGUGUCAUGACAGCUCCGCUGACAGCGAGGCCAGCUCCUCCUCCUCAGCUAACUCGUGUCUGCACGUGAGUGCGGACUUUCUGGCGUCCCUGCUGCAGCUCCACCGUCGGGGAAGCGACGACAGCAACGGCAGUGACGACUGAGAAG